AUGGGAGACUGGAGUUUCUUAGGUAAUAUUUUAGAGGAAGUCAACGAACACUCAACUGUGAUUGGCCGUGUUUGGCUUACAGUGCUCUUCAUCUUCCGUAUUCUGAUUCUGGGCACAGCAGCAGAGUUUGUCUGGGGAGACGAACAGUCCGAUUACGUGUGUAACACAGAGCAGCCUGGUUGUGAGAAUGUCUGUUAUGAUGAGGCUUUCCCCAUCUCCCACAUCCGCCUUUGGGUGCUGCAGAUCAUAUUUGUUUCCACUCCUUCACUGGUUUAUGUAGGCCAUGCUGUCCAUCACGUCCACAUGGAAGAAAAGCGCAAGGAGCGCGAAGAAGCAGAGCUUAGCCGCCAGCGAGAAAUAAACGAGGAGCAGCUACCUGUGGCAGUGGACCAGGGAAGCGUUCGCACGACCAAGGAGGCUAGCCCCAAGGUGAGCAAAAAGUUUCGCCUUGAGGGCACUCUACUCUGCACCUACAUCUGCCAUAUCAUCUUCAAGACGCUGUUUGAGGUGGGCUUUGUGGUGGGACAGUAUUUUCUGUACGGCUUCCGCAUCUUGCCACUGUACAAAUGCAGCCGCUGGCCCUGCCCCAACACAGUGGACUGUUUUGUGUCACGGCCCACUGAGAAGACCAUCUUUAUCAUUUUCAUGUUGGCUGUGGCUUGUGUCUCACUAUUCCUCAACUUUGUGGAGAUUAUCCACCUGGGUUUGAAGAAGGUCCGCUUCGUGUUCCGCCGGCCAGCUCCAGCCCCAGUUGAGAGCUUUGGUCCUCCUGAGCGGAGCCUGCCGUUCCUUCUCACUCCUCCGAUUCACAAGGCUAAAGGCUACAAGCCCCUUGAGGAGGACACCAAGGAGGAGGAGGUUGCACACAUCUUCCCGCUGUCUGAAGUAGGUAUGGAGGCAGGCCAGCUCCCUACACCCUCUCAGGAGAUGGAGCAGAAAGGGGUGCAGGAGGCAGCAGUACCCACAGCACCCCCUGUAGAGGAGACAGUGAUUUGUGAUGAGAUUUUGCCUUCCUUCACUGAAGUCACAGAGACCCUGCUUGAGUUACCACAAGAAGAAGAGAUAUGUAGAGAAGGAGAUGAAGUAGAUAGUUUUAGGAUGGCUACACCAUUGGAAGAGCAGUCAGAGAAGGGGACUUUGGAGGAGAUAGUUGAUUCAAAAAAGGACGAUGAGGAGCAAAGCCUAGGGGACUUGGCCAGUAAAGAGACAGUGAUGGAUGAGAAGCUGGACAUGGAGAGUGAGUCUGAACAGGGUAUACUAAUUGAGAAGCAAAAGCCUGAGGAAGGGGAGGCAGAGGUAGAGGAGGUUGUAGAAACUCCAGUGGAAAAGCCAGUGACUGAAGAACUUCCUGAAGUUGAGGAGUGUGCAUUACACACUGAAGGGACAGGAGAUGGUAGGAGCUUGCCUGAUGUGGUGGAGGACAGGACAGAAAUUGAAGGUUUGGAAGGAGAGGAAAAUGUAGCACAGGCAGAACCCGUAUGUCAGGAGGAAUCUUUAGAGGAGGUGAAAUCUCUAGGGGAGGUGGAUGUAGUUGAGGAGAUCAAGGGGUCAGAAAUAUUGGAGUGUGCUGAGGAGGCACCUUCUUUAUGUCAGGUAGUAGAAGCAAAAGAAUCGGAAACUUCAUCUAACACAGAAUCCAUAGACAACGUAAUGGAUGCAGGUGAGCAGUUAGAGGUUUCAGCCGAUGCUAUGGACAUGAGCAAGGAACAGCCUUCCGGUGAAAUGGGCAAUCCAGAGGAGACUAAGAGUUCUGCCAGUCUUGAUAGUCUGGGGAAGGCUGAAGCUCCUGGAAUGGUGGAGAGUCCUGGACUGGUGGAGAGUCCAGAACUAGAGGCUAAUUUGCAAGAGCAGGAGGUCCUAGAACAGGUGAUUGCAGUCCCUCUCGUACCACUGGAAUUGGAGACAACAGAGACACUGGAAGACACGAGACCCUUAAGUCGCCUUAGCAAAUGGAACAGCAGAGCCAGGUCAGAUGAUCUUAUGAUUUAA